AUGGAGGCGUCCGCGCUCCUCUGUUUUCUCCUUCCCGUCUCCCGCUCCCGGUUUCUUCGGUCGGCAGCCCCGAAGCAAGGCAGCGAAGGCUGGAUUCUCCAUUUUCUCACUGUGUUUUGCGCGCUCUUUCUCUCGCUCGUGUCUCCGUCGUCGUGGCAAUCACCGCCGCCUGCUAGGCCGGCGCUGCGCACGGGCCUCGCUGUCCGAGCCGAUCGGAGACCUUCCCUCGUCGUCCGCCGCUCACGUUUCGAGUCGCCCUCGUCCCCGCUGCUCGCAAACGCCGCGGCAUUCUGUUUGCUCCUCGCCGACCUGCGAUCCACUUCUCUCUCACCUGGUAUCUCUUGUUCCCCUUCCUGCGUCGCCUUCGCCUCUCCAGCGCCUCGCAGACCUGUGAUCUCUUCGAAAUCUGUCGCGUUUCUGUCUCCACUGUCCUACAGCCUUGCACCCACCUUGUCUCAUUUCUCGGCUGCGCGUCUCCGCGCCCACGGACUGCACGUGCCGCGGCGCGACGGCGCUCGCGCACUGCGUCGCUCUUCGUCUUUUCUUUCUCGGUCUUUCUCUCUUUCUUCCAGAGGGCAUUUUCCGUCUUUUCUGUCUUGCUGCGCGUCGAGCGCGACGCUUGAUCAACCAAACCUUUCCUCCGUACCCGCGAACUCUCCUCGCUCAUCCCUUUCCCUGAGCGACUUUCCCGAGCCGCCGCCGCCUGAGAGCAGUGAGCCGCUGCGGCGAGACGCAGAGGGACGGGGAGACGCGGUGCGGAGGCCUGACAACGUUGCGACAGAUAGGGUCGACGGCGAAAAUCCCCUCCCACGCUCCAACGUCGUCGUCGCGCGCUUCGCGCCGAGCCCGACUGGCGCGCUGCAUGUCGGCGGCGCCCGCGUCGCGGUGUUCAACUAUCUUUUCGUGGAGAAGCAACGCCGCGCAGAAGAGAUGCGAAAGCGAGACGAGAGAAGCUCGUCAUGCGCAGAGCCCUGUGGCCUCUCGCCCCUCCGUGCGUCCGCUGGCGCGGAGGCCUCUGAGUCGCCUGCGUCGUCCUCCGUCCCUUCGCGACUCGCCUCUCGCCUGUCUCCUCGCCGCACACGGCCAACCUUCCUCCUGCGGAUAGACGACACAGACGAGAAGCGCAGCGCCGCGCACGCGGGUGUCACCGCCGCUAUCCUCCGCGAUCUUCGGUGGCUGGGCAUCGCCUGGGACGAAGGCCCCGAAGUGGGCGGCGCUGUCGGGCCCUACUUCCAGUCGCAGCGCGCGCCGUUCUACGCCGACGUCGGACGGCAUCUGGUUGCCGAAGGGCACCUGUAUCCGUGUUUCUGCACCAAGGAAGACUUGCUCCGGCUUCGUCACGAGGCUGUUGAAGCGGGUCGGCCGCCGCGGUACGACGGACGCUGUCUCGCGCUCUCUACGGCCGAGCGAACGAGCAGGCUGCGCGCCGCGCAAGAGCGAAAUGCGUCCUUCACGCUGCGCUUCAAAGUCCCCGAGGGCCUCGGCUCCCUGUGCAUCACCGACGCGCUCCGAGGCCCGGUUGAGUUCGACCCAGCGACUACAGUUUCGGACUUUGUCUGCUUCCGUCGCGUCUUUUGCGACAAAGGGGACGCGAAAGAGAGGCCAGGAGGUCCUGCUGCAGCGAAAUCCGAGGCGCACUCUCUCGAGGAGUGGCGACUCGAUCUGCGCGACCCUGUUUACAACUUCUGCACGGCUGUCGACGACUGCGCGAUGGGCGUCACGCACGUCAUCAGGGGCGUGGAUCACCUCAUCAACACGGCGAGUCAGGUGCUUGUGCUUCGCGCCCUCGGUGCGCCUGUCCCCACGUACUGCCACGGCGGUCUGUUGGUGUCGGCCGACGGGCGCUCAAAGAUAAGCAAACGCAGCCUUGCAGAGACAGCCCGGGAGCCUUCGCGGUGUGCUGCCCAGAGCGGCAGACCUACUGGCGAAGCUGAGCGCGACAGCGCGCGGCAACGCGGAGGGGUACGGCGCGACAAGGCAGCGUCGCACCCGGUUCGCGCGUUGUUCAUUGCGCGGCUGGAAAGAAGAGAGACAGCGGAAACGGCGGCGACGAAGGACGCCAGCAGGGAGCUCCCGCUCGCUCAUCCAGACGCUGCUGAAGAAGAGACGAGUUGGCCUGACGAGGACGCCGCGGGAGAGAAGCGGCGCUCAGCCUGCGAGGGGCUAGGCCAUAACGAGGGCGACGCCUCAGAACCCUCGCCGUACCUGGUGGAAGGCCUGCGCGCGCGAGGCUUCCUGCCGGAGGCUGUGGUGCUGUGUCUGGCUGGCGCACAUGACAAAUUAGAAGUGUCUUCCAGCCACGCCUUGGCCUGCACGCCAUGUUUCCGUCGCACUGUCGACGCGGUGUUCGCUGUUUUCCCGCCCUCGCCGGUGCCUCGCGCAUCUUUCCUCUAUUUUCUCUCUUUUUCUUCUUUCCACAGGCUCUCGGAUUUGGCAGGCGCGAUUUCGCUGACAAGCAUCGGCGCCUCAAACCUCGUCUUUGACCGAAAUCUUCUUCUGCACGUCCACUUCAGGUGCAUUCGACAGGCCGUUGAACAAGACGAUCACUCUCUCCUCUUGAGGCACUUUGCAGCUGUGCUUACCUUGGCGCUGGAGCGAAGACGAACGCGGCAGAACGGACUAUCCGAUGAGACGACGGAGUCUUUGUCCAGCAAGGAAAGAGAUGAAGAAGACGAAGCGCCUCCUCCCGAGGGUGUGCGGCCGAAGGGAUUCGCAGAGGACGAGGCGGGAAAGCCGCCGAGCGACUGGAGACGAGCGUUUGGGGCUGAGCUGCUCGCGGAGCUCUUUGGCCUUGGCGAGCGCAGUUCGUUCUCGAGGGCCUUCGAUGCGAAAGGGGCGUCCGAAGCGCGCGAAGAAAGGGAGAUGGCGUUGAGAGACCUGCUGCUUUUAGCGUCGUCGCUGCUUCUUCCUCAGCACGUCCAUCCGGCUGCUGUUCUGGAGAGCCUGGCGCAGGCGCUCCACUCAGGGUUGGAGGAAUCCCCGCGCAGGUCGCCGGCGCAGGACCGGAAAGAGGAGCAAACAGAAAUCCUCCGGCACGAAAGAGAAGGCGAAGAAAGAUCGAGACGUGGCGGCUUGGGCGAGGAGGCACCGGGGAGCGCAGCCGCCAGGGGGACAGAAGCACACAGCCGAGAGGCCAGAAAGGGACUCGACAACUGCAACGAAACCGAUGGCAGCUGCGAGCCUGCAAAAAGGAGGGAAAAAGGGGAGGACGAGCUCGAGGGCGCGGAGCGAGAUGCGUACGGAGGGACGCCAACACAGCCCGAGCGAGAGCGCCUACGGGCGCGCACACUUCCAAAGACGCUUGUCGAAAACUUCGAGGCCUUCCAACGCCUGGCGCGGUAUCUGAUUCGGCCGGCGGAUCCUGGGGCCUUGCCAGAGAUCCUGCGAGUCCUCGGCGAAAUGCGAGCAGCGCACGAUCGCGCCGAAUCCGUGCCUUUACCCCGCACAGCGGACUCUCCACGGCCUCCUACGGCGUCACACUCGGCUCACGCGCCUUCGCCCGAGGCGCGCACACCUGUUGCCACUUGUAUGAUCUCUUCGCCGCCCCGUUCUACUGACGCAAUGUCUCUGCCUGCGCCGCUUCCGCAGCUGCGAGACCGGCGCGAGGCGGCGCACCGGGUCUUCGCGAACUGGGCGGCCAGAACGUCCGCGGCGUGCGGCAUUCCGCAGAAAAAGCUCUUCUUCUACCUGCUUCGGUUCGCGCUCACCGGCAGAGAAGAAGGACCCCCGCUUUGGCAGCUCCUCCUUCUGCUGGACUUCGCCGAGCGCGCGGGUGUUGUGCGGAGAGCUGCGCAUUCCGCCGUCAGCGCGUCAGGUGAGGAGGCGAAAAUCCUCGACUCUGCACACGCCUGUUUGAAGGCAGACGUGCAGACAGGAAGCCAGUCUGGAGCGACUGGAAAGGCGUGUGGAAAGCCCGGCAUGCCUGAAGCGGGAAACGUGGUGACAGCUCCCGCGGCCGAGCAGGAGAGCACCGAAGAGAUCGCCCGCCAAAUUCCAGUAAACCCCCCCAGUGGGACCCGGUUCGUCGGUAUAACGCGGAAACCAGAGGAGAUGGAGGAAGCAAAGUCCACGCCAGCCAAACAAAACGAGAGGUAUUCAACGGAGAAGACAAGAGGUCGGGAUGGUGAAGGUAAUCCAGAACAAAGAAACGCUCUAGAACGCCAACCUCUCUCCGCAGAGAUGGCGAAGGGGGUGGCGAGCUGCGGAGCUAGAGAAGCGAGGAACGAGCCUGAUGCAGCGAAAUGCAGUUUCGAGGAGACGGACGGAGACCGGAACAGUGUUUCCGCGGUCUCGGCGUCUCUCCCCCUAGCGUUCGACUCUUUAGCCGACAGGCUCGGCAUCCUGAGUGAAUUUGUGCAAAAUCUACAAAGGCGGAAAACUCCGCUCACCGAACUGUGA